UGGGAGCUGUCGCCAGCGGAGCGGUGCAGCCCACUGACUGAAAGGCACCAGACUGGUGUUUCGCUUUGCGCCGCGCUCUGCGCUUUGUGGAACAGCCGUGAGGAGGAGUACUCUAGAAUAUCCCGGCUCGGUUCAUCCCGUCCCUGGUCACCCUUCUGUGUUUAUUCCGAAUUUAUUUCGGGGCUUCUCUCAAGAUGACAGAAGAAAAAAGAAGUGGGCAUGUAAAGCUGGUAAUUGGCCAGCUUCCGUGGGAUUUGAUGUCACCUUUAGAUUGGUUCAACUGAAGAUGGAAACAUUGGAGUCUGAGCUGACCUGCCCGAUCUGCCUUGAGUUGUUUGAAGAUCCCCUGCUCUUGCCUUGUGCCCACAGUCUGUGCUUUAACUGUGCUCACCGCAUCCUGGUGUCUCACUGCUCCACCAGCAAGCCCCUCGAAUCCAUUUCUGCCUUUCAGUGUCCCACCUGUCGUUACGUCAUCACGCUGAAUCACCGCGGCCUGGAGGGCCUUAAGCGCAAUGUGACGCUGCAGAACAUCAUUGACCGCUUUCAAAAGGCCUCCCUUAGCGGCCCCAAUUCUCCCACUGAAAGCCGUCGCCUGCAGCCGCAGCGACCCUACACCGCCACCAUUAGCGGUACAAUAGCUGGAACGAUUGGCGGUGGUGGUGGCACAAGUGGAGGCAGCGCCCGUAGCAGCCCGGCCACUUCCAGCCACUCCCACCAGCACGCCAACCACACCAAUCACAUUAACCACACCAACGCUAACCACAGUCCAGCUGUUGUUGCUAAAAUGGAUCCACGGAUCAGCUGCCAGUUCUGUGAGCAGGAUCCACCACGUGAGGCUGUCAAGACUUGCGUCACAUGUGAAGUAUCAUACUGUGACCGCUGCCUGCGUGCAACACACCCUAACAAGAAGCCCUUCACCAGCCACCGCUUGGUGGAGCCAGUGCCAGACACCCACAUCCGUGGCCUGACCUGCCUUGAGCAUGAGAACGAGAAGGUCAACAUGUACUGCCUGGUAGAUGACCAGCUCAUUUGUGCCCUCUGCAAGCUCGUGGGACGCCACAGAGAGCACCAGGUGUCCUCCCUCACUGAACGUUUUGACAAGCUCAAGGCUUAUCAGGUGAGCCCGGGCAGAGUGUCAGAUGCAGUAAUGGAGGCUUCAAAGACAAGCGCUGCGCAAACUCUGGAGAACAACUUAACCAACUUGGUGAAGAGGAACAGUGAGCUGGAGAACCAAAUGGCCAAGCUCAUUCAAAUCUGUCAGCAGGUUGAGGUGAACACAGCCAUGCAUGAAGCUAAGCUGGUAGAGGAGUGUGAUGAGCUAGUGGAGAUCAUUCGUCAGAGAAAACAGGUCAUCGCUGUGAAGAUCAAAGAAUCCAAGGUGAUGAAACUGCGCAAGUUGGCUCAGCAGAUUGCAAACUGUCGCCAGUGUUUGGAGCGCUCCAGUGCCCUGAUCACACAGGCUGAGCAGAGUUUGAAGGAGAACGACCACGCCCGCUUUCUUCAGACUGCCAGAAAUGUCGCAGAAAGGGUUGCAAUGGCGACGGCUUCCUCGCAGGUGCUCAUCCCAGAUGUCAACUUGAACGAGGCGUUUGACAACUUUGCUCUUGACUUCUCCCGAGAGAAGAAGAUUCUGGAAGGAUUAGAUUACCUAACAGCUCCCAACCCUCCAUCUAUAAGAGAUGAGCUGUGCACCGCCUCCCACGACACCAUCACUGUUCACUGGACAUCUGAGGAUGAAUUCAGCGUCACUUCCUAUGAGCUGCAGUACACGAUCUAUACAGGCCAAACAAAUUUCAUCAGUCUGUACAACUCCGCAGACAGCUGGAUGAUCGUACCUAACAUCAAGCAGAACCACUACACGGUGCACGGCUUGCAGAGUGGCACCCGUUACAUUUUCUUCGUCAAGGCUAUCAACCAAGCAGGAAGUCGCAACAGUGAGCCAGCCCGCCUCAAAACCAACAGUCAACCUUUCAAGUUGGACCCAAAAACAGCCCACAAGAAGCUUCGUUUGUCCAAUGACUGUCUGACCAUGGAGAAGGACGAGAGCUCACUGAAGAAGAGCCACACCCCAGAGCGCUUCAGUGGAACAGGCUCCUAUGGAGCUGCUGGUAAUGUCUUUAUUGACAGCGGGUGCCACUACUGGGAGGUGCUACUCGGCGCAUCCACAUGGUAUGCCAUCGGGGUGGCUUACAAAUCAGCCCCAAAAAACGAAUGGAGCGGCAAAAACUCAUCCUCAUGGGUCUUCUCACGUUGCAACAACAACUUUAUGGUGCGGCAUGAUGGUAAGGAGAUGCUGGUGGAGGCGAGCCUGCAGCUGAGGCGGCUGGGUGUCCUGCUGGACUAUGACAACAAUUCACUGUCCUUUUAUGAUGCCAUGAAUUCCCAGCACAUUCACACCUUUGAAAUCUCAUUCCUUCUGCCUGUUGUACCCACUUUUAUGAUCUGGAACAAGUCAGUCAUGAUACUCUCAGGGCUACCUGUCCCUGAUUUUGUUGAUGGCGUGGCCUCAGAUCUUCAAGAGCAGCAACAGCAGCAAAUGGGGAUGUGCCGACAAGACUCGCCAUACUUGACCGGGAUGAAGACCUGCCACUGAGUGGUCGAGUGACUGAAAAUGUGAUUAAAACACUGACACGGUGGCUGAGUUCUGCUCUAACCCUCAUGAGUAAACUAGCUACUUUCUUACAAAUUUAAAAAGUUGCAAAUAUGCACAGCAGUCUGGAAAAAUGUCAGUCCUGUUAGUUUGUAGCCAUCCAAUAUUUUGCAAAUCCAUCACUGAAUGGGAACAAGGUCUUUUGACUGCAGACAUCAGUAUACGCCCUGCAGUCACUGGCAAAGAGAGCUUUGGUGUCCUGUAUUUUCAGGACCAUUUAAGGUCUUCCUUUUUCAUCUGUGUUUGACCCUAGGCAGAAGACCAAAGUGAGAAUCUUCGUGUCAGCCAUUUAAAGUUUGACGGUGCAGCACAUGAACAGGGAAAUUACUUAAUGUCUCAUCUGUAGUAGAUUUAAACAAAGAUAGAAAGGGAAAAGAAAAAAUACACAGAACAAUGAAUAGAAGUCAAUUUUUUUUAAAAAAAAAAGGAUAGAAAUCCACAUUUUGACAUUAUUUUAAACAUCUGCAAAAACACAGUUCUUCCAAAAGUAUUUCACUCGUGGUGUUUUGAUUACAGCAGUGGAAAGUGCUAAGACGCUGGUCCAUAAUCUCCCUUAUUUGGCAAACAGGUUUGAGAGCAGGUGGAUGUAAAGGCCUUAGCAUAUGAUUACCACACUUUUCAGACUUGUCAAACCAUUCAGUGACCCCCUCAUGCCCUAAGGAUCAGGCCACUGUUUAUCCCAAAAAAGUCCACCUUUAAUCACUCAGAAUAGCAUUGUCUUGAUUAUAAAUUACCCUUCUUUGCAAGGGGACAAGUAAACCCACACCUGCCAAUUACCCCACACAUCAUUUCAGAGCAUCUGGAACCCCUCAUUGUAGGGGUCAAUCAGUCGUGAUUUUUCUUUAGUUUGUCAUCUGUCUUGUAAUAUGAUAAAUUAUUGAUGCCACUUUCAUGUCUGUGAUUAUAGAGCAAGAGUUGGCCUUGUAGCAUAAAGACUGAAAGCUCUAACCUUCAAGUUGCAGCACUUAACGUUUUGUAAGACCAUAGGGUGUCAAAUUUACAUUUCCAUUUUGUUAGAUAUUUAACAAAAGUAUAACGUGAGAGUUGGGUAAACUGAGAUGCUGCCAGGCUGCACUGUUUCUGCACCAAAAAAAGAGCAAUUUUUUUUGUUUUGGAAGUUUGAUACCUACGAGGUUUACAAAAGUGCAUACAUUCUCUGGGAAGCAGCCAUAGUUGCACUCAAAAGUACAACAUCACAAAAGUUCUGUUUUGUUUUGACAUCUCUGCUUUCAUUCAUGAUAUUACCGGCCGUAAUAUCAUGUGUUUAGAAAUGC